AUGGCUUUCGGCAAGCUGUACACAUACGAGAACAACCCCCGGAGCACGGCGAUUCGCGCUGUUGCGAAGGCCAACGACCUCCAGCUCGACAUCGUCGAGGUCGACACCACCAAGCCCACCCCCGAGUACCUGAAGCUCAACAAGCUGGGCAAGGUCCCAACCUUUGAGGGCGAGGACGGCUACGUUUUGUAUGAGUGCGUGGCCAUUGCCAUCUACAUCACAUCUCAAAACGAGAAGACCACCCUGCUGGGCAAGACCAAGCAGGACUAUGCCUCCAUCCUGAAGUGGACGAGCUACUUCAACACCGAGGUCCUCCCUAGCCUGGGCAAGUGGUACCGACCCCUGAUCGGCCGUGACCCCUACAACAAGAAGUCCGUCGAUGAUGCUUCCAAGGCCGCCGCGAAGGCUAUCGCUACUGUCGAGGAGCACCUUCAGCACAACACCUACCUGGUUGGCGAGCGCAUCACGCUGGCUGACCUCUUCGCCGUUGGCAUCAUUGCCCGCGGUUUCGAGUUCUUCUUCGACAAGAAGUGGCGCCAGGAGAACCCCAACGUCUCCCGGUGGUACGAGACCGUCUACAACCAGCCCAUCUACUCCGCCGUUGCGCCCAAGUACGAGCUCCUCGACACCCCCAAGCUGACCAACGUCGCCCCCAAGAAGCCUGAGCAGCCCAAGAAGGAGGCCGCUCCCAAGAAGGAGGCGCCCAAGGCGGCUGAGGAGGAUGCUCCUGCGCCCAAGCCCAAGCACCCUCUUGAGGCCCUGCCCCGUGCCACUUUCGCUCUCGACGAGUGGAAGCGAUACUACUCCAACCACGAUGAGGCUGACUCCCUGAAGUGGUUCUGGGAGAACGUCAAGUUCGACGAGUACUCCAUCUGGAAGGUCAAGUACAAGUACAACGACGAGCUUACCCUCACCUUCAUGUCCAACAACCUGAUUGGUGGCUUCAACACCCGUCUUGAGGGCUCCCGCAAGUACCUGUUUGGCUGCGCCUCGGUCUAUGGAGAGAACAACGACUCCGUCAUUGAGGGUGCCUUCGUCAUCCGUGGCCAGGAGUACGAGCCUGUCUUCGAUGUCGCUCCCGACUACGAGAGCUACGACUUCGAGAAGCUCGACCCAACCAACCCAGAGCACAAGGCCUACGUUGAGGCUCAGUGGACCUGGGACAAGCCCGUUGUCCACAACGGCAAGGAGUACAAGCACGCUGAUGGCAAGGUCUUCAAGUAA